UUGGCAUAAAGUUGGGCUUCGGACUGUAAGAAGACAUCGCGCCUUCCUGAAGUACAUUACCUGGGCAGGUGACAGAUCAGCAGCCAAUAUGAGAUCUGGAUCAACAAGUCCUGCUGAAGAGCACAUGAUGGACCACACUGGUCAGACGGAUAGUGACAAUGGGGAGGACGACAGCAGUAUAGACCUGGAACUUCCUGGCUCAAAAAGGAAACGAAGGGGAAAUCUCCCAAAAGAAUCUGUGAAGAUCCUGCGAGACUGGCUUUAUGAACAUCGCUUCAAUGCUUACCCCUCUGAACAGGAGAAACUUAGCUUGUCUGGGCAGACCAACCUUACCAAUCUGCAGAUCUGCAAUUGGUUUAUAAAUGCUCGUCGCCGUGUGCUGCCUGAUAUGCUUGUUAAGGAUGGCAAAGAUCCCAACAAAUACACAAUCUCCCGUAGGGCACCCAAGAGCCCUGAGCUGCCAACACAUAGAGGGAAUGCUACUUUACCCAGCGUCUUGGUAGUUCCUCCCGUUCAAGGAUCUGCUGUACCUGCCAGGAUUGUCUCUGUGCUGUACCCAGUGUCUCAACCCAUUCCGACCAUCUCCUCUAUAGGCCGUGAGCUCUACAUGCACAGUGUGGCACCAGCUCCUCAGUUCCAGGAAGAUAAGACAACCCCACUAGUAAAAUCUGAGCCCACCGAGACUCCUGUUCAACAACCAACAACCUCAUCUCCUUCAACAAAUAGCCCCCCACCAUAUUUUUGUGAUAAUGCCAAAAUGAACGCACUAAUGAUCCUGGCACAGGUGGCUUCAUGGUACAGAACAGAAUUUGCAGCAGAAGAGGAGGCAAAGAAGCGGGCUGAGAGCUCUUCUCUCAGUGAUCUUGGUAGCACAAUGCCAAUGGCCACCAGUACACCCUACUAGGGCCAAUAAUCUAGUCCUCUUUUUCGUCACUUUAUUUUGGUUUACCAGAUGGGAACCAAAAAAGACUUUGUCAUCUCCUCAUGAUAUAAUCAGUCUCCCAGAAACUUAUAUAAAUACAUUACUAAAUGAUUUAUAAAAAAAAAAACCCUCACAUUUUUAAUACAAGCUUGGAUGGGGGUGCAGGAGCAUAAACUAAUUCUAAUAUCCCCAAAUGAGUCCCAUACCAUCAACAGACUUUUCUUUUUUGUUUUUCUGCAAAGAACGCACACCCCUCAGAACUAUGGAGGGCUCUUUGUCAGAAAGUAGGGAACAUAUAUAUAAAAACAUUUUUUUAGGUGAUGGGAAUUGGAGAGGACACUAUGACUAUGGAAUAGUCUUACAGUAUUUAUCUGUUUACAUGUUAGUAUUUUAUCUUCAAAUUGCUCAAUCCCGAAGAUGAUUGAGACUGUAUAU